GUUUCUGCGGAGGGAUCUUGCGGGGCGGGGCCACGGUUGCUAUAUAAGGGCGCGCCGGGUGUGGUGCAGCCAGUUUCGUCCAGGCCGGGAGUUCGUUGCUUCCUCUUCUCUGCGUGCGGCUGUCAUCGCGAUUUGACAAUGCAGAUCUUCGUGAAGACCCUGACGGGGAAGACCAUCACCCUGGAGGUGGAGCCCAGCGACACCAUCGAGAACGUCAAGGCCAAGAUCCAGGACAAGGAGGGCAUCCCCCCCGACCAGCAGAGGCUCAUCUUCGCCGGGAAGCAGCUGGAGGAUGGGCGCACCCUGUCUGACUACAACAUCCAGAAGGAGUCCACUCUGCACCUGGUCCUGCGUCUCAGAGGUGGGAUGCAGAUUUUCGUGAAGACCCUGACGGGGAAGACCAUCACCCUGGAGGUGGAGCCCAGCGACACCAUCGAGAACGUCAAGGCCAAGAUCCAGGACAAGGAGGGCAUCCCCCCCGACCAGCAGAGGCUCAUCUUCGCCGGGAAGCAGCUGGAGGAUGGGCGCACCCUGUCUGACUACAACAUCCAGAAGGAGUCCACUCUGCACCUGGUCCUGCGUCUCAGAGGUGGGAUGCAGAUUUUCGUGAAGACCCUGACCGGGAAGACCAUCACCCUGGAGGUGGAGCCCAGCGACACCAUCGAGAACGUCAAGGCCAAGAUCCAGGACAAGGAGGGCAUCCCCCCCGACCAGCAGAGGCUCAUCUUCGCCGGGAAGCAGCUGGAGGAUGGGCGCACCCUGUCUGACUACAACAUCCAGAAGGAGUCCACUCUGCACCUGGUCCUGCGUCUCAGAGGUGGGAUGCAGAUUUUCGUGAAGACCCUGACGGGGAAGACGAUCACCCUGGAGGUGGAGCCCAGCGACACCAUCGAGAACGUCAAGGCCAAGAUCCAGGACAAGGAGGGUAUCCCCCCCGACCAGCAGAGGCUCAUCUUCGCCGGGAAGCAGCUGGAGGAUGGGCGCACCCUGUCUGACUACAACAUCCAGAAAGAAUCUACUCUGCACCUGGUCCUGCGCUUGAGGGGAGGUGUCUAAGGUCCCCCUUUUAAGCCUCUGACAAAUUACAUUGCACUUUUCUUUCAAUAAAGUUGUUGCAUUCCCAAA